UGGAGCCCAGGCUGAAGCUGCAGGGUCAGGGCAUAGGCCAUGCUUCGAGGCACGACAGGAUUAGGCCUCAGGGACCUGAAGUGGAGUGAGGGUUCUGUGGAGGACUUGGGGCGCUCUUGCCCCGAGGCUGGCAGGAAUUUUGGAGUGCUGAGGCGCAGCCUGGACGAGGCAGAGGAGGCGGCAGGCAGAAAGCGCGAGCGGCCCGCACGGUCCAAGGCGCGGCGCAUGGCGGCCAACGUGCGGGAGCGCAAGCGCAUCCUGGAUUACAAUGAGGCGUUUAAUGCGCUGCGCCGGGCUCUACAGCACGACCUGGGUGGCAAGAGGCUCUCCAAGAUCGCCACGCUGCGUAGGGCCAUCCACCGCAUCACUGCGCUCUCCCUGGUCCUGCGCGCCAGCCCGGCGCCCCGCUGGCCCUGCAGCCACCUGGAGUGUCACGGCCAGGCUGCUCAAGGCUCAGGAGCCGGGGAUUCUGGCUUCAGUGCUCCUCGGUCUGUGCCUCCGCUCGCGGUGCCUGGCCUCGCGCGCAGGGACGUCACCAGCUCUUUAGUGCCGCCUGCACCGCGCUGCGCUUCGUGUUCCCCGCACGCGCACUUGGGGCGGCCCAGGGUGAUGGCCGAAGGACCCAGGUUAGCCCAGGCCUCCGGAGGAAGCUGGCGCCGAUGUCCCGGGGCUCCCCCAGUUGGACCGAUUCCGUGGCGGUGGGGCUCUGGGCUGGGCUACCAGCAGUCCUGACUGGGCCACCGAGAGGGUAACCAGGAAUGAUGACUGCCGAAGAGAAGACUGAAAAAAAAAAAAAAACCAUCCUGGACAGAGCAAAACUGAGUGGGUUGCGACUUGAGUGACAGAGGAGGCUGCCUUACCAAUGGGAAGAGCUCUGGGGGACAGGGCAGCCUCCCCACAUCCCAGCCUGGGGUGCUGAAGGAGAUCUUAGCUUUGGACUUGGUCAACCUUUUCUCUCUGGAAAGUGGCCUUUGCUUCCCUGUGCCUCUGUGCCCUCUUUUCUCUUGCUGCAUUUGGACAGCGGGACUGGUGGGGGUUUGUGGGUAGAUAGCUGCUAUGAUCUGGGGGCACACGGUAUGACCCUCUUACCAUGGUUGGGCUGCUGCUGAUAUAAGAGGCCCGGAAAAUGGCCAAAUAAAAAGAAAGUGUCUUGUCCAUCCA